AGCACUGGUCCUUGCUGCCACUUCAACUGUGUAGACUGUCUGUUUAGUCAGUCUACUGAGUGUGGUCAUUCCUCCACUGGAGUCUCCAGAGAGAAACCUGGGUGUCUGGCGACCUCCUUUCUCCCCAUACCUCACAUAGUAGCUUGUUAUCUCUCCAUUCUGAUGCCUGCAGUCCAUUGGGCCCCACCUGACGUUGAUACUAGCGGAACUGACCACUGACAACCUCACAGAAGAAGGAGGGGCAGACGGAGCUGUGAGAGUGAAGUGUUCAGAAUGAGGUCAAAGUAGACUGAGAGAUAGACUGACCAGCAGUUCUUGUGGUGCCUGUGACAGUAUUUUGUUCAGUCCUUCCCCCAGUCAGAGUGACACCUGUGCUCUGUAACCAGUUAUCUCUCCAUUGCGGUCAAGACAAGACACCUCUCCCCAAUG